UGGCUGACAGGAAACCUGCCGCCCUGCCGGCUGCCCGCCAGUGUCUCUGGUGUUGGCAUCGGCUCGGGCAGGUGUGUGGGCUCAGGAUGAGGUGGCCGCAGUGAGGAUCCCCCCUGCUCUCAGCUGUUGGAGGAAGGCCCUGGUUGAUCCCAGUUUUACAGAUGAGAAAAUUGAGGCCAAGAGACCCUGAGAUACAGCCCUGCAGGAAGAAGAGCGGCCCGGAGUGGACAUGAGCGCAGACACAGAGCUGCUGUGGCCGGGGGCGGCUCUGCUGCUGCUGCUGGGGGCAGCGGCCGGCCUGUGCGUGCGCUGCUCCCGCCCAGGUGCAAAGAAGUCUGAGAAAAUCUAUGAGCAGAGGAGUCUGCAAGAGAAUCAGCAGAGCUUUGCAGUGGCCCGGACCUACACCUUGGUCAGGGAGGCCUGGCCCGGGGACACAGCCUCCAACAUGGAGUUGACAAGGAAGGACAAGCUGUUGCGGUUCUCCCCCAGCCUCGAGGAUUCUUCAUCCCCCAGGUACCAGUACUUCAGCAAAGGAAGCAGACCCAGAUCAGAGGAAGCCUACAUAGACCCCACCUCCACGGACUAUUACAAUUACGAUCCGUUCCAGAAGCCCGCGGAAGAUGACGAUGACACCAAUUCCUAUGAGAACGUGCUCAUCUGCAAGCCAAAGAGAGUGGAAUCAGGGGACGAGGGGUCUGAGGAUUAUCAGAACUCGGCGUCCAUCCAGCAGUGGCGGGAGUCCAAGAGAGUCGUGGAGUCAGCCCUGCGGGAAGCACCGCUUUCCCUGGCAGGAAGCCCAGACGAGGACGGGGAGCCCGACUAUGUGAACGGGGACGUGGCAGCCACCGAAGCCUAGGGAAGACCCGGAGGAAGGAGCCAGGGAACCAUUUAUCGCCUCCCCAGGAUCCCUUCUCCAGAGCCGCUCAACUUCUACACUCCCUACCGCUACUCCUGGGAGGGGCAUCAACGUGUCCUGAGGACCAGCCGGCUGGCCACGGGGCACCCAGCCCGGGAAAGGACAGUUAUGUGGAGCCAACCUCUGACCGGCUCCCACAGGCAAGGCAGGAGGAGCCCGGGGUCGGGAGGCUCUGGCGGUGGUCCCGUGACCAGAACUGAGGGCAGCCGCAUCCCCUCUACCCGCAUUGAAAACAUCAUACUACAUGGGUGUUCGUGUCCUUUUUUUUUUUUUUUUUUUUUUUUGGUUUUGAUCCCAAAUUGCUUACUAACAUUGGUUGCUGGGAUUUCGUGAUGGAUAAGCUUGUACAGUUAAUUUAUGCAGGUGGAGUCGUAUUUAAUAUUUUGCGUUUCAGGGUAGAGGUUGUGUAAUAAAUUGUCUCCUGUAAGCAUUACGUGUAAUUCAACAGUUGGGGGUGCCCCGGCGCUCCUUUCUCUGGGCCUCGGGUGACUGAAGCAGAGAUGAAGCCGCAGCUAACUUUGCGAGCCUCUGGCGGGAGCGUCCGCUGCGGGCAGACUGCGGAAGGGGCAGGCGGGGAGGAGUAGCCUGGGGCCCCGGCCAACGGGGCAGGGACACGACUGUCUCAUGGGACAGACGGGAGUCUGUGGGACCCUCUGCCUCAGAAAAGCCAGAAUCAGGGAGACAAAGCCUCCUCCGACCGAAACGUCUCAAUAAACAUUUCCAGUUUAAAA